AUGGAAAGAGAUCUUUUAAACCCCAUCUACGAAGAAGAAAAGCAAAAGAAUAAGUUCAAGAGACUUAUCCAAGCUCCCAACUCUUACUUCAUGGAUGUUAAGUGUGCUCAAUGCCAAAACAUCCAAAUGAUUUUCUCUAACGCUCAAUCUACCAUUAUUUGUGAAAAGUGCUCUGCUAUCCUCUGCAAGCCCACUGGUGGUAAGGUUCAAAUCUAAGCUGGUUGCGCCUUCAAGAUUAAAAACUGA